AUGCGAAUCCCGGAUAUGGGCGAUGCGGAGCUUCCUGAGGACCCCGACUUCCCGAAGCGUCUUCUAGAUCAGACGCGUUCAUUUGACUUCUCCAAGCAAGCUGGGAAUGGCCAUGGUACGUAUAUAUUCUAUCCUAACAAAGACAAGCCAAAGAUGUGGGUCGGCCAGUACAAGUGUCUCAAUCCUGACGAUCUUCUGUGCAACCAAAGCUGCCCUCUGGAUGCUUCAGCGCCUGCGCAGUGCGGUGAAGCCGCUGCUGAAUUUAUAGAUCCUGUUGGCUGCAGCUUGAUGCAGUACUGCAUGCCAAACACCCCAGGGAAAAACCACGGAACCACUGAACUUCCAGGAGGCACAGCUUAUGCUACCGCUUCUUUCACGAAUGACGACCAAAUGCGUAUUGAGCAGGCCCAAGUCAACAACGUGGCACAGCAGGCAUAUGCCAUGGCAACAGGCAACGCAUAUGCGCACGCAAACUUUGAUCAACGUCUCGCGUUUUACCAAAAUCUCCACCGAAGCAACCUACCAUGCACGCCCGUUGUAUCGAGGACAUACCAAGGGGCCGAAACCAUUAAUGCUCCUUAUUAA